GCAUCCCCUAUUACAGUAUGACUUAUUUGUUGAAAGAGCCUCAUUUUUAGUUCUCUCGUAUUCUUAGUUUCUUAGUAAAGAAAAAAGAAAAGAAAAGGAAAAAGAAAAAGAAGCCGAUAGGGACCCAUGCAACAGUUUUUGCUGUUGAUUGGGAAAGACUUAGAUUUGACUGCACAUAGACCGUUUUUGCUGCAAUUCUGCCAUAAUCUUUCUAUCUCUUCCAAAGCAGCUGUUUCUUCUUCCUUCAUCUAAUCUCAAUAACCUUACCUUGCUGCGUUCAUCACUUUUGCUUCAAUGUCAAUCCCAAGAAGGCCAAAGGAAGCUGUUCUGGGGUUACAGAAACGAAUGCAUCAGGCAAAGGAUCUCAUUAUCGGACCAAUAAAUGAAAGCAAGAAAAAAGAUCCACUCUUUUUAAGCUUCGAAAACAUUGACAGACAGCUUAGAAUCUUGAAAUUCCAGUUCUCCGAUGUCAAGUUCUGGCAAGAUAGAGUCUCCGCCAAAUUCAAUGAAUUAGAACAUCAAAUAUAUAAAAUUCUCUCAAACGCUAAGAAUUUGUCCGACCACGGAGAUCCACUCUCCGGCGACCAAAAAAGUAACGUCGAUAACGAACUAGACGUUAUUGCUGAAAAAAUUGAAGUCCUAAGGAAAGCAUUGCAGCAGCUGGCGGUCGGAGAAACCAGUCGGGAGAGAUCAUCUCUAAAGGAGGACACCGGCGAUGGCGAAGACAUUGUUAAAGCUUCAGUUGCAGGUAGAAAAACGUCAAAAGAAUGGUUACAACUAACUGUGGAAGAGGAUAUUUUGACAAGCGAAACCAUGAAAAGUCUUAAAGUUACUUAUGAUAAUCUCGAUAGACUUGAUUUGAAGCUCUGCGCUCUCUGUUUCUCAAUUUUCCCGGAAAAUGCCACAAUUAAGAAACGACCAUUGAUAAACUGGUGGAUAAGCGAGGGAUUCGUUGCGAGUGAAGAGGUAGGCGAAGAUGUUUUUAAAAAAUUAAUAGAGUUUGGUUUAAUUAUACCAUAUCCUAAUGAUCUUAACAAACCAAUGACACUUGUGAAUGAAUGCACAGUUGAUCCAUGGAUAAAAUACAUGUUGAUCUCGUUAGCCAAACCAGCAGGUCUAUUUGAUUUUGACUCGAGAGGAAUACCGUCUGAUCUUAUCUCAAAAUCAAAACGGGCCUGUUUGGUUUCUGGGAAUCAAAAUUUUUCUGACCAUAAUAGUGGUCAUGAGGAUAAAUUGUUAGGUUUGUUCAAUGUAAGUGAGAAAUAUAUUGAUUUUAAGCCAGACUUGCUUCCAAAAUUGAAGAAAGUUGAGAUUCUUCAAUUGGGGGGAUGGCAGGCAUCGCCUAAAUCUCGCAUUGAAGGGGUAAAGCAUCAUAUUGAAGUGGUAAAUGAGGAAUUUUUGAUGGGUUUAGGUCUUCAAAACCAUUUGAAGUAUAUUAGUUUGCGAGGAAUUUCAAGAAUUACCAGCCUGCCUUCUUCCAUUUCUGAUCUUUUUAAUCUUGAAAUUCUUGAUCUUAAAGCUUGUCAUAAUUUAGAGACAUUGCCUUUUGAUAUAUCGAAACUAAGAAAACUCACUCAUCUUGAUGUAUCUGAUUGCCCUCUGUUAGAAAGAAUGCCUCAAGGGCUCGAUAAGCUUACUAAUCUUCAAGUGCUUAAGGGUUUUAUGAUUGGGGAUUUAGGAAAAACUCCUUGCAGAGUAGCUCAUCUAACUAAAAUGGUGAAACUUAGGCGUCUUAGUGUGUACAUUGGAGCUGAGGCUGUGGUGGAUAAAGGGGAGUUCAGUAAGUUGGAGAAUAUUACAAAUCUUCGCUGCUUGACAAUAUCAUGGGGAGUGAGAGAUCCAAAACGAGUAGCUCAAAUGACUGACUUGUCGUUUCCGGCGAAUUUGGAGAAACUUGAUCUUAGAGGCAUUCCAUGCUUGGUUGAUGUGGAUCCAAGAAGGCCGCUUGUUCAAUUGAAUUCUAGUAAAUUGAAAAAUUUGAAGAGGCUUUACAUACGAGGGGGAGAACUUCGUAGCUUGAAUUGUGAAAUGGAUUUUCUUUGGACAGUUGAAAUUUUGCAGCUCAAGUAUCUCAAGUAUUUCGAGAUAGAAACGAUAAAGCUGGCAGAUUUCCCUCAUCUGAUUUAUUUGGAGGUCAAAUGUGAUGGAGAAGUUGAAUCAAAUGAAAACGGCAGGAAUUUUGUUUGGACAGGAAAGAAGCUCGAAGAAGAAAAGGUUCAGCACAAGAAGAAAGGUGAAUCCAAGAAGGAUGAUAAACACGAGGAGGAUUCUGGGUUAACAGAGAAUGACAAGUAUUUAGACAAGGCCAGAGGAAAAUCCAAGGUAGAAGACAAUUAUGAGGAGGAUAUGUUACCAAAGUUUGAUAUUGAAGAAGAGAAAGAUGAGGGCAAGGAGGGACCUGGGAACAACAUCAACCCCAUGAUCAAACAAGCCAGGUCUGAAGUAUAAAAGAAGAAAGAUGAACUCAAGAAGGAAGAUAAUGAAAAAAACAAUAUGUUGACAAAGACAAAUUGAAAUUGAAGAAGAAAAAGAUACUGGGAUAUAAUAACAAAGAAACAUGAGGGUAAGAAGGGAACAACAUGAACACAAUCAUUUUGCUAUUCAUAUUGCAUUAGGCCACUGCUAAUGUCUGUGUACAAUAGUGGUCUGAGGAACUAAAUGAUGUAUGAAUUUUUCUUACCCUGUUUAGUGAAGGAUGCUAUUUUGCUUAUGUA